GCUGCGAAAUGAUCGUCAACAUUAGCUACAGGACCAUUCGGGGAAGUUUUAAUAAACACUAGACAUCGCUGUUCAGUGUUGGGGUCGAACUGAAAGUGACAGAAGUAUGCAGCUUUGACAACUCCAAUCUUCCCGUCUGGAAGCUGAUUGGCUAAGUUAAACGUCGGCUCGGCGUCUGACAACUUUCCUGAUUGUACAGGAGUAUAUUUACAGGUGCUGCUCCGAUAUGACUAAGAGAAGCCCGUCUCUUCAGCUGGUCAAAAGGAUGCUGAACCACCACUGCAGAAGGAACCCUGAGCUUCAUGAGGAGCUGCAGAUCCAGGCUGCAGUGGCAGCAGGGGAUGUCUGCACCGUCAGGAGGAUGCUGGAGCAAGGAUACUCGCCUAAGAUCCGAGAUGCCAAUGGCUGGACACUGCUCCACUUCUCUGCUGCCAAAGGGAAAGAGAGAUGUGUUCGAGUCUUUCUGGAGCAUGGAGCUGACCCCACAGUGAAGGACUUUAUUGGUGGCUUCACAGCACUUCACUACGCUGCUAUGCAUGGCAGAGCACGCAUUGCCCGACUGAUGCUGGAAUCUGAGUUUCGUAGUGACAUUAUAAAUGCAAAAAGCAAUGAUGGCUGGACGCCACUGCAUGUGGCAGCCCACUACGGUCGAGACUCUUUUGUACACCUCCUCCUUGAGUUCAGGGCUGAGGUGGACCCUCUUAGUGACAAAGGAACCACACCACUACAGUUGGCCAUCAUCCGUGAGCGCUCCAGCUGUGUACGGAUUCUCCUGGACCACAGUGCAAACAUUGAUAUUCAAAAUGGUUUCCUGUUGCGGUAUGCUGUCAUCAAAGGCAAUCACUCUUACUGCCGUAUGUUCCUGCAGAGGGGAGCGGACACUAAUCUUGGACGUCUUGAAGACGGCCAGACUCCCCUGCAUCUGUCAGCCCUUAGGGAUGAUGUAUUGUGUGCCCAGAUGCUCUACACGUAUGGAGCUGAUACCAAUACCAGGAACUAUGAAGGCCAGACACCAGUAGCUGUGUCUGUUAGCAUGUCUGGAAUCAGCCGGCCUUGUCUGGAUUUCCUGCAGGAGGUCACCAGACAACCUCGGACUCUACAAGACUUGUGUCGAAUAAAAAUCCGUCAUUGUAUCGGCCUUCAAAGCUUGAAAUUCUUGGAGGAACUUCCAAUUGCAAAGGUUAUGAAAGACUAUUUAAAACAUAAGUUUGACAGUGUGUGAAACAACAAUAGAAGAAGAGAAGUUGACUAAAAACUCUGCUAUAAGACUAUGCAAUGAUUCUGCUCCUUGUGUGGAAGACAUUUCCACAGUUCUGUUCUGUACAUGUUGAAGGAUAGUUAGUCCAGUUUGUUCACUCAGUUCAACACACACAAAAAAAAGUGCUGUUCUCCAUUCAGCCUUUUACAGCUAGAAAAGUUGCUGAAGAAUGGAAAUGGUGACACCUCAUGUGAGCAAAGGUUUUUGUAGUUUUGUGGGAAAAAGAAACCUCAUUUGACUGCAGAUAGAGUUCUUACAGCAGUUCGUAGUUUUGCCAUUUAUUUUCUUAUUGUAAUUGUGCAUGAUGUUAUCCUUGCUGGGUGAGAUUGUCAUCAAGUGCAUAUUUUCCAAUGAGUUUAUUGGCCAUCAUCGCUUUGUUUUUGUUUUUUUAAUUGAGCUAAAAGACAUUGAGCUAAAGAAUGUUUAACUUAAAGUGCUGCAGUGAUGAUGAUUUUCUUUCUGAUUCAAAAUCAGCAAAGAUAACAAUCAUAAUUAUAAAAAAUAAACUUGACAAGGUA